GAUGUCCACCAGUCUCGUCAUUCCUACGGACGCAGACUUCAUGUUUCUGCCCGCUCAAUGCUUCUCGGAGGGAUUCAACUUCGAAGAGUGGCAGUUGUCGAGCGAGAACGAAUUCGGACACCUCUACUCUGAAUAUUGGGUUAGCCUGGAGCCCAUGGCACAGGAUCCUGGGCUCCCAAAUGCCUUUGAGCUUGUUCAAUCGAAUAACGACGAUGACGUCCAUCCUCCAUUCACAACCGACGACGACAUUAGACCCCCAAUAAUACAUGCUUCGUCCUAUCCUCCCUUUACAGCGCUGCCCCUUCUGGCAACCGAGUAUGACAACACGACGAUGUCAGCUCCGACGGGGCUGGGGCUGCAGCCUAACCUCCCCAACGACAUUCACUUCCCUGGCGGUGGCAGUGUAACAGCCGACAAUUCUUUGACGCCCGCGACUGCAUAUCCCCUAGAAUCGCUCCCGUCCUCCGACUUCACCUUUCGUGUCGCGCAACCACUCUACCCUUCACCUCGCCAUUGCCCUGCACAAUUUCCGGCCACUUCUUCAGACUAUCUAACAUACAGUGGCUCCAAUGCGCCAAUGGACAAUUUCGGCAUCAUGCAGGCUGCGAGUUACGGUCUCGUUCCUUCGUUCAGCUCACAUCCUUCGGAUUUAUUAUUUGUUCCACCGGCACACGACCAAUGGAUUGCUUUUGAGCCCGUUCAACCAGCUGACAGCAGUUCCAACCCCCGGUCAGGCUUUGGGAAGAGGCGACCAAGAGUUGACGAUGGGAGCGCAACGGCGGCGGCACAGGCGCCACCCAAGAAGCGCCGGAGGGUGCAAGCGACAGCCACCCCGUCGCCCAGCGCAAGUGCUAGCCGGUCUUCCCCUCCGCUUAAUCAAAUCGCCUCAUCCUCGCGGUUGUCAACUUCCCCUUCGUCUCCCUCAGCGUCCUCGUCUUCCACCUCCAUCUCGUCUCACGGCGCGUCCACGUCCACCUCGCCGGCCCCUUCUAUACAGUCGUCCAACUAUGUCCACCUUGCGGACGGACGUUAUCAGUGCAAGGUAUGCACUGGCAAGGCUGCAUUUGCCGACACGGAAAAGGAGAUCGUCCGCCACCUGGAGACCGCGAAGGCUCACAAUCCCGAGCGGAUCUUAUGCAAGAACACCGUUUACCGGUGCCCUUGCCGCAGCCCGCGCCUUCUGGGGAAGAGGAAGGACUCGCACAAGCGCCAUGUGCGCUCGUACAUAGUCGCGGAGAGGAGUGAGGCCAUCGAGUUGGGGGAUCAGGAACGCCUCAACGAGGUGAACGCUUAUGAGGCACGGUUGAGGAGCGAGAGGCUGCUUUG